GCCCAUUCUGACUGCUUUAAUCUUUGUUAUAAAGGUACGUACAAAGUGCGACUUCUCUGAGAAACUCAACUAAAAACUACUGCACGAGCUUCUUCCUACGUUAUCCAAUUUGAUCUGACUUUUAUGAUCUAUGAAAGAAUUUAAUUCGACUAGUUUUUCUCUUUUUAUGGUUUUUUUUUGUUAACAGGCUAUUCUCCAGAUGAUUUCAGGUGAUUCCGUCUAGUAUAAAAUUCGUGAGCUUCAGAGGUAGGAGCAUCAGUUGUUCUAGUUUCCUUCAAUUCAACACACAUCUAAGUCUAGAAAACUAUCUUUAUUUAAAAAUGAAGUUGAUCAUUUGCAGUUUCUUCAUUUUCUUCUGCCUCUCUGGCACCCAAGCCCAGAAAGGCUACGUGACGAAGGCUAUAGCAGAGCUGGCUAUUCCAUGUGCAUCUGAGGCUAAAUUAUCUAAAGAAUCCGUGGAUGCUCUCAAGGAUGGCAAUAUCCUGGCCAUUAAGGAAGGUUUUGGCUGCUUCUCUGAUUGCAUUGCCAAGAAAUUGGGCAUGAUUGCUGACGAUAACAGCUUCCACCUUGGCAAGUACAAGGAGAGAAUUGGAAAAAUCGUCCAGCCUGAUGCUGCUACCAAAAUCGUCGAAGCCUGCAGUGGCAGCGUCGGAACGGAGAAUUGCAAGAUUUCCGGAAGUGUCCUUCACUGCUCCCUCACAAAGCUCAUUGAUGUUUUCUAUGAAUAA